GACGCAAAAGAUCGCGGAAUUUGGCGCCUAUUUUUUGUUGGCUGGGUGUUCUCGCCUGUGAUUGGGCCUCGGCGCGGCGUGCCCGGUGCGCCUGGCUGCGGCUGCUCUGUCGACCUUGGCAAGACAGGCGGCGCGGUACUCGACCGGCCUCCCGGGGGAUGGGUCACCAGGAGCCCCCGCUGGCCCGCACACGGGCGGGAGGUGCGGCUUAUAUAAACAGGUUAUGUAAACGGCUCAGCUGGCGCGAACACGUGGAGAGCCGCGGGAGCCCGGACACCCGGUUCUCCCCCUCUAGCGCCGCCGCCACCGCCAGUGCAGCAGCAGGCUUCGGAGCACACCCGGCCCCGGCCGCCGCCUCUGGCGCCGCUCGGUACCGUAGGCAGCGCUGGCUCGGAGCGGACCAUCCCCAGCUUGGGGCGCCAAGGGGGAAACGGGCCGCCCGGAAGUGGAGGGGCGCCGGCCAGGUCACAAUCCAAGGUCCCGCUCUUCCACGUCCUGGGCCCGGACGGAGGGAUGAGGCAGGGGGGACCCGGGCAGCGCCGUUGCUGCUCCCCCCGCCGCCCGCAGCCAUGGAAACGGGGGAGGAGGACGGCGCCCGAAGAGGUACACAAAGCCCCGAGCGGAAAAGGCGAAGCCCAGUGCCGCGGGCGCCCAGCGCAAAGCUGAGGCCGGCAGCGGCCCAGGCCAUGGAUCCGGUGGCAGCCGAGGCCCCGGGCGAGGCCUACCUGGCACGGCGGCGGCCAGAGGGCGGCGGCGGGUCGGCGCGGCCGCGGUACAGCCUGUUGGCAGAGAUCGGGCGCGGCAGCUACGGCGUGGUUUACGAGGCAGUGGCCGGGCGCAGUGGGGCCCGAGUGGCGGUCAAAAAGAUCCGCUGCGACGCCCCCGAGAACGUGGAGCUGGCGCUGGCCGAAUUCUGGGCCCUGACCAGCCUCAAGCGGCGCCACCAGAACGUCGUGCAGUUUGAGGAGUGCGUCCUGCAGCGCAAUGGGCUGGCCCAGCGCAUGAGCCACGGCAACAAGAGCUCGCAGCUUUACCUGCGCCUGGUGGAGACCUCGCUCAAAGCUUCCAUGUCUGAGGGGAUCAAGCAGCUCUUGAAAGAUAUGUUAGCUGCUAACCCACAGGACCGGCCUGAUGCCUUUGAACUUGAAACCAGAAUGGACCAGGUCACAUGUGCUGCUUAAAAUUCAGGGCAAAGCAUCUUGAGUGUUUUUAACUAGGUUGAUCCUCGGGACCCGUAGUCUCAUCGUGUCUCACCCAGAGGACAGCAGAGUGUGUAGGCGGUGGCUUGGUCGGUUGGCGAUCUCCCAACAGCUGGAUCUCCGGCAAUGUGAAGCUUUCAUUUGGGAUUUCCCCCCUCCUUUUAGUUUUGCUUCAUUUUUUUUUUAAUCUUAUUUUUUGUCCUUUUUUCCCUUUUUUUUUUUUUUUUUUUAAUUUAAGCGAUUAAGACUUCAGAAGAGCAAGAAACUAUUCUGUGGAGAAACAACACAGACAAAGCAUAUGUAUAAAUUCCAUUUUUAAUUUUUAUAAGGGGUUAGGGAGCUAUUUUGUUUUGUUCCUUUAUUUUCCCCCUGUCUUCUUGGUUUUUACCCAUUCCUCGGUUCUGUUUCCAAUCCCUCGCAUCCCCAGAGGAGGCCUGCCUCUCUAUGGAGACCGGGGGUCAGUCCUACCGUGGGGGUGUGAAGCCAGGAGGCAGCCUGUGGGCCUCCCCCCCCCACCCUAUCCCCCACCAGACGCGGGCACUGCCGGGCUGUUCCAUGCUCGCCCUCAGGCCUUAGAGAUGAUCAGAGGCGAAGAACCAUCUAGAAGAGGAAGACCGGGUUUGGCCAGGAGAACUCAAAGUCUAAACUGUGGGUUUGCUCUCUUUCCGGCUUCUGGAAGCUCUGGGCCACACCAGGACACGCAGUGGUGGACAUCCACUCCCUCUUCUGCCCCUUGUAAGCGAGAGCACUGGCGAGGGGGGCAUACAGAGGUGACUCUCCCCCCCCCCCCCUUAGUGACCAUUGAGUGUCAGUCCAGCCCAGCUUGACAAGCCUACCUUUCUGGUAAUGGUCUCCCUCCCAGAGGAAGACCCCCACCCCAGGAAGAAACUGUUGUGCCAAACCUCUACCUGGGACAUGCUGGGCCUUAGGCAGGCAGCUGUCACUGCUGUGGGGUCAGUUCCCGUCACCUCCUGCCUCCUGGGUCAUCCCCUUCCCCUCUGUGCCCACCAAACAUCCCUGUUGUCACAGAAACUCGAGUCCCUGAGAUCCAGUUGUGACCAUUGCCCUGAGAAAAGGGCGUCCUGAACUGGCUGCCACUGUCAUCUCCUCAGUGAAGGGUAUGCCCUGCGUGUGAGCCAGUGGUGUCACAGCUGGUGACAGGGUCAGGCACCAGCUCCCUCACCCCCAGGGACUUACUGUGAGGUGCCCCACUCAGUGUCAGCAUGUCUACUGGGGAAAGCAGGGACCUGCGGAGAGCAGAGAGGGGCCAGGGUAGACUGCCUGUAGCUGUCAGGUGCCCGUUUGUGACCUGCCACCUUAAAGCUUCCCCAGCGUCCCCCUGUGGACCUCACCACACUGUCCACGCUCCCUGCCAGCACUCUUGCAGCUCCCUCCCCUCAGGCUUCUGGACCUGGGUGUCCACUCCCCUGGCAGGGGCAUGGGGACUGGCCUCAGGUUGUCCCUGUCGCCCAGAAGCGGCUGGGGCUACUCUGGAGCCUUUUCACCCCAUUCUGGCCAAGCAGGAAAGGGUGUUGGGGGAAGGGGAAAGGAAUUCUCUUAUGUUUGCUUUUCAUUUUCUCUAAACCAGCAUAGGAUCGAUAGAGGAGGUAGUUAGGGGGCAUUCAGGUUGGUGUGUGACCAAGGCAGGGGGCUUUCCCCCCAGAGCAGCAGUCAUUUGUCCCUGGAAGUUUGGGAGAGACCCACACGACACCAGCCCUGAACCACAAACUUGAAACAAGCUAGCUGCUGCCCCCUUGGGUGGAGGGGGUUGGCUGCCGGAUGCAGGGCUGCAGGUGUGAGCCCGGCCCUUCCUUCCUGGUGAGACCCUAUGUGCCCACCUGCCUCCUGGCUCCUCUCGGACUCCUCAGACAUCCUGAGCAUCCCCACUGUGGGGAGCACAGCGUCCUUAAUUACAGCGCACUCCCUUCUCUGUCACCACCCUGCCCCCACUUCCCCUCAGGGGCUGCUGUCUCUUCGAACAGAUGGGAAAAACAGUUCCCAAACUCGACCACAGCCCUCCCUGCCUGCAACCUCCCCUCAAGUCCCCAGUGAAGGCUCGGGACUAACAAGGUAUUUACUUUUGCUCCUUUUCCUCUGCUCUCCCGGGUCCCCCAUCUGGGCAAAGUCUUGGAGCUGCAGUGGUCCCCCCUUCAUUACUUCUCUUGGCAUCAGAGUAACCCCUGGAGGUCCCAGGAUGUCUAUACCCUUGGACAAGGCUGGUGGCCUGGUUGGGGUUGCCGGCUUCUGCGUACCCUUCCCUUGCAGGAGUCUGCUGAUCCUUGCUGAGGGGCGGGGCCUCCUUCCUUGGCUUCUGAUGGCUAGCUUGUUAGUCCCAAGUGCCUGUCUGCUCCCCUCCCCGUGUGUCUGCCUCGGGCACCCAGCCGGCCAGCUGGAUGUCACCCUGCAUGAGCACAAGCUCUGCCCGCGGCCGGUGCCCAGCUUGAGGUUGGACCUAGGGAGCCCCCGUCCUUUCCUCCGCCACCUUCCCGCUCUUCCCCUGUCCCCAUCAGUUUCCUGCCUUUCCAUCCUCUCCACCUGUGCCUCAUCCCUGCGCCACUGCAUUCGUAAGGCCCAUCCAAGUUCUAGGAGUUUCCAGACUUUAAAAUAGCAGUCAUUCUCUUUUUGGAUCUGUGAAAAGGUUAGCCCGGAGGAGGAGGGAGGUUCCGGACCUGAGCCCUGUGGGUGUGGGCUCGGGUCGCCCUCCGAGAGAGGACGCAGCAAGACAGAUCAUAGUGCCUUAUUCCACUGUCCUCCCUUGACCAGACCUGCUGGCUCAGCCUGAAGCCCGCAGCGUCCUUCUCCCUGUCCAUGUCCCUCUGUCACUUACACUCCCAUUCCUGCCCACAGAGAGCCACGAGGGACGGGUCCCCCCCUGCCCCCUCGCCCCAUCCCUCCCCGGGGGCUACUGCCAGGUGCAGGUGCUCGGCCGCUUUAGCCGAGGAUGGACGCUUUAGCCGGGUAGACUCUGCCUCUCCCCCACCCACCCCUGCAGCAGGUCCCCUCCCUCUUACUUGUAGCCGGGAGGAUGCUGCCAUCUGUUUGCUCAAGAUGGGCUGCAUCUGACCCCCUUUCUGGGCACCGGGGACUAAGGUCACAGGCCUUAGCCUCCUCUCUUCCCAGAGGCGUCGGGACAGGAGAGUGGGACUUGCACCCACCCAGACGUGGUUUGCCCCCGCUGGCUGCCCUUCUGAGGAAGCGUGCUCAACGGGUUUACUUGAGAAAUACCCUGUUUACAGCUGCAGGAGACACGUGACCACCACUGGUGGAGACCUGCCUCCCGACGGGCUUGGCCUCCUUUCCGGCACUGCCAGGGGUGGUCCCAGAGCAAACGAGGGCAGAGACGGCAGGGUGCGUGCCCUGCCCCGCCUGCUCCCCGACCCCGCGGUGCUAAGACCACUCGCCUCCUUCCUCGCAGCCUUCCUGCCCCUGGACAUUCCCCGCCUCGACCAUUCCCUUCCUCCAAGGUUCUCUGCUCCUUGACCUAUCAGCUGGCUCCUAGAAAACCAGUAUUUGGAGCAAUAAGAUUAUUUUUGCCUGAGUCUUUCUAAGAAAAGGUAAAGAGCUGGCGUGAUAGGAAUGUUCUUUUCCGUGCUGUCGCAGUUUACCGUUUUAGAAGACAGAUCUUUGUAGGACAGAUGCCUGAGUUUCAGCCUCAGAGUAUCUUUUGGAAACUUGGAACAGCAGGAGUUGGGCCUCCACCCCCUAAGGAGGGGACCCUAACUCUCUGCCCGCACCUUGCCCCACACUGCCAGGGCUUCCGGGCCUGCCCUGGAAGUGCGCCUCUCGCCUUUGAUCCUGCCUGCACGCCCCCCCCCACACACACACUUCCGGGGGCUCCUGGGUGAUUGCUCCCACCAAUUCCUUUCCCCUUCCUUGGCCUGGCCCGUGGCCCCAGACAGGCACAGCCCUACUGGAGUUAUCUAGGAGCUGGCAGCCUGAGCACGGCCAAGCUCGGGGCUGCGCCUUGGGGACACCAGGCCCAUCUCUGAUCCUGCCCGCGGGGCUUGGGGGCAGGGACUCGACUCCUGUCCGGAGAGAGAACCUCAGAAGGGAAAGCAAGAGGUGGGACGUGAGGGUCGGCCAACGUAAGCCCCCACAGCCACCGUAGAGAAGUGAACCCACUUCCAUCAGCUGCCAGGAGGUUCCUACGUCGUUUUCCAUGAGAGGCCGCAAGAGGAAGGGAGCUUAGCCUGUUCAGGAACAUUUUAAAGAAAGCCUUUGUGCCCCAGGGGCCUCUCUCAGACGAUUUCACGUUCUUGCGGGGCCGACGUGGGUGAGGGAGGCACGACGUAGCCCAGGCACAAAGUUAGCUUCGAAUACUAGUUGAUAAAUCUAUUUUUCUUUAUUUUCUUGUUUUGCACAGAAGCUGGUAAUCUAGGACCUACGUGUGAACAACUUUAUAUGACUAUUUUUUGUACUUGGUUUACUUGGGUUGGUAUGAUACAUUAUAUUUAAGUUCCUCGAACACUGUGCAUCCCCCAAUGUGUAUGAAUGACUGAGGCUUUGUAAAUUAAGGGAUGUUUGUGUGAAUAAAGUUAUUUGAUGGGGUCAAAGAAGCCAUAA